CGCUAAUUUUCGUUAGACGUAAUUUAAACUAUCAUUGGUCGCACUAAUAGUAAUAAUUACUUUUUUUCUGAGCUUUGGAAAUUUUAAACUCUGUUUACACAAACACAACAAUGUUAUCUCGGUUGAAGUUGCUGAGAUCUGCAAAUCCGCAGAUUUUGCGGGCUCAGUUUCUAACGUCAACUUUUAAGUCAGUGUCAACAUUAGAUAAGAUGACCGAAACCAAAGCAAAGGAAGCCAAAUUAUUCAGCCAUAACAAGGUUACAUUCCCAAGAGUAAUACAUCAACGUGAAUACAAGUAUACAGAAGGAAAAGUAUACCAUGGCUUCCGUUGCGAACGCGUGGAUCACAUAUCGGAUUUCGAGCUCACAUCAUAUACACUCCGCCAUGAGGGAACUGGCAUGGAAUUAUGGCACAUCGACCGGAGUGAUGCUAACAAAGUAUUUUCCAUAAGUUUUCGAACUACACCUUUUGAUUCUACUGGCCUUCCACAUAUUUUGGAGCACUUAGUAUUGUGCGGUUCAAAGAGAUAUCCUGUCCGGGAUCCCUUCUUUAAAAUGCUUAACCGCUCGGUAGCGACCUUUAUGAAUGCAAUGACUGGUCCAGAUUAUACAAUUUAUCCCUUCUCUACCAUGAAUGAGAUAGAUUAUAGAAAUUUGCAGCAUAUUUACUUGGAUGCAGUAUUCAGGCCAAAUCUUAAAUAUUUGGACUUUCUUCAAGAGGGGUGGCGGCUUGAGAACAAGGACAUACAUGAUCGAGAUACACAGAUUGUGAUUAAAGGAGUGGUUUAUAACGAAAUGAAGGGUGCAUUUGCUGAAAAUGCACAAGUUUUUGGACAAAAUCUUCUCAAUAAUAUUCUUCCCGACCACACGUAUAAACAUGUGUCUGGAGGCAAUCCAUUGGAAAUACCCAAAUUAACACAUACUGAUUUGGUUGACUUUCACAGAAAAUAUUAUCAUCCCAGUAACUCUCGUGUAUUUUCCUACGGACUAUUAGAUCUAUCCAAAACGCUUGCUAUUCUCGAUAAAGAUUAUUUAUCGGACCAAAGAUGCAUCGACAGCUCAUACAGUCUGAUACCUCCCCAAGAACGAUGGAUACAACCACGUAAUGUUCACAUUUCCAGCAGACUAGAUAAUAUGGGUGCGACAAUAAAUCGACAGAACCAAAUUGCUAUCGCGUUGCUGAUGUGUGAUGCUACUAACAUACAAGAAAGUUUUGAAUUACACGUUCUGUCUGAAAUACUUAUUCGGGGACCAAACUCUGUGUUUUACAAGAAUCUAAUAGAACCUAACUUUUCCGGUGGUUACAAUCAAAGCACGGGAUAUUCAUCGGACACUAAGGACACAGCUUUCGUCGUGGGAUUACAGGACCUUCGUGUUGAAGACUUUACAAAAUUCAUUGAACUGUUUGACAAAACUAUUUUUAAAGCCAUGAAUGAUGGGUUUGAGUCGCAGCAUGUUGAAAGCGUUUUGCACAAUCUCGAGUUGUCACUUAAACACCAGAGUCCUUUUUUCGGAAAUACUUUGUUGUUUAAUUCCACUGCCUUGUGGAAUUACGAAGGUGACGUAGUGAGCAACCUUCGCGUAACAGAAAUGAUAUCAAGGCUGCGGGAAAGUUUAAGCCACAAAAAAACAUAUUUUCAGGACAAAAUUAAACAAUAUUUCGUUAAUAACAAUCAUAGGCUAACACUUACAAUGUCGGCCGAUGAGUUAUAUGAGGAAAACUUCAAACAGGCUGAGUUCGAGCUUCUAAAUCAAAAAGUUAAAUCCCUUGAUAAGAAAAAGUUAAAAAAAAUACAUGAAAAUGGGUUGAUAUUGGAUGCAUUUCAAAAGGCUAAGCCAAAUACUGAAGUAUUACCUUGUCUGUCUAUUAAUGAUGUAAGCAAACCACCAAAACUACCGAAAAUAUUGAUUCAAAGUAUUCAAAAUGUGCAGACUCAGAUUUGCAAAGUUUCGACAAACGAUAUUACAUAUUUUAAGUGCUUGUUUAAUAUAACAGAUCUAAGUCAAGAAGAAACGCUUCUUGUGCCACUGUUUUGCAGUGUUAUUAGUGCCUUGGGGACGGGCAAAUAUAAUUAUCGGGAAUUUGAUACUCUCGUUUUUUCAAAAACAGGUGGUAUCGACUUUAAGUUAAAUUUGAUUGAAAAUGUGGAAGAUGCGAAGAGUUACGGACUAAGCGUAAUGAUGUCCUCGCAUGCUCUUGAUAAAAAUGUUCCGGACAUGUUUGGCUUGUGUCAAGAGUUGUUUCACAAUUUUAAGUUUGACGAUUCGGAACGUGUUAAAAUGCUUAUUGAAAAUUAUAUUUCUAAUAUAUCUGUAGGAGUGGCAAGUUCUGGACACUUGUAUGCUAUGUUGGGUGCCACCGCAUUAGUUAGUAAUGCUGGUAAACUUAAAUCUUUGUUAUCAGGCGUAGAUCAUAUAGAAUUCAUGAAAAAUUUCGUCCAGCAGACCAACAUGCUGGAAAUUUGUGAUAAGUUGAGAUCAAUUGGAACGAAGAUAUUUAACAAAAAUAAUAUGCGUGGGGCCAUUAACAGCACAGAAUCGUACUUACCAUCGGCUAUUAAUCAUUACAGAAAUUUCUUGCAGGCAUUGCCUGAGUUUAAAAAAACUAAUAAAAUAAGUAUGAUCAAUUUUUAUAGCCCUAGCUGCCAACAAUACGUGAUGAAUAUACCAGUUAAUUACUGCGCAAAAGCUUUUUUCACUGUCCCAUAUAUGCACCAAGACCAUCCAUCACUGCGAGUUCUGGCGAAAUUCGUAUCGACCAAAUAUCUUCUGCCAUUAGUCCGCGAGCAGAAUGGGGCUUAUGGAGCCGGUGCAAAAAUUAGCUCUGACGGUAUUUUUAGUUUUUAUAGUUAUCGGGACCCACAUUCAACCAAAACGCUUGACGCGUUCGAAAAAACUUAUGAAUGGCUACGGUCGGAAAGACAGAUGAUUGAUCCACAAUCUAUAUUUGAGGCCAAACUUGGUGUGCUGCAGCAGUUAGACUCGCCAAUAGCACCUGGAAAUAUUGGCGUUGACAACUUCAUAUAUGAAGUAUCGCAAGAAAAUUUUGAGAAAUAUCGGUCGGGAAUUCUGUCGGUAACUAUUGAUGACUUGCUGGACACAAUUGAAAAAUACUUCAGAAAACCGCCCAAUCAUUAUGGAAAAUGCAUUCUGGGUCCAGCCAAUAAACAAUUGGAGUUAGAAACGAGUCAAAAAUGGAAAAUAAUUAACUAGAUCUAUUAUAAAACACAAAUUUGUUAGAAGUUCGUUUUUAUUAAAGAUAAACAUACUUUUUUUAUUAUCCUCAUAAAAUAUUGUUCAAUGAAAUGUAGUAAAAUUUAAAGUUGACCCUUUGCUCUUAUAAUAAUAAAAUGCUGGAGAUAACAUUCGUCUCAAAUAUGGACAGAAAAACACAACAAAUACCACAGAAAACUCACCUGCAAGAAUUUAGUGCAUUAUCAGUAAAUUAAAAGAAAACAUUUAUUACAAAAUUUUGUUUGUACACUAGCAGACUUGUUUUGUCAAGGUAUGUGCUUGAAAAUAACUUUUAAAAUACCUUUUUAAAAUACCACCUACUAAUCAACAAACUGUAGAACUCUCAGUUCUAAUGAACUCUCAAAAAUGCUGUCACAUUGGAAAAAUUUAAGUUUUUCCGCUUGCGAACUUUUUUUUCGAUAUGUGUACUAGGGUAGGUACUACCGUAAAGAUGAAAAAAAGUUUGAGAGAAUUACUUUACAUUUUUCACGUAGAAAAAGAAGGUCUAAUUAAUUUGUUGGUUUAAACUAGAAUGAUUUCGUUUAUUCAAAAAUAAUAACCAUUUCUUUAAAAUUAUAGGAUAGUUUAAAUGUUUAAUAUAAAUGUUUGGAAUCCGUAUUUACGAAGGUAUCAGAGUUUACUUCUGGUGGGAUACCUGGAAGUAGUGCUUAAACUUUAGCCAUUUAGUUUAAAUGUUUGGAAGCCGUAUUUAGGAAGGUCAUCAGAGCUGGUGGGAUACCUUGAAGUUGUGCUGCAAGUUUAGCCAUUUAGUUGCUAGAUCUUGCUUUUUUAUAUUUAUUGUUGAACACGCCACACAAGGAUGGACCAUGUUUUCGUGUAAUGUAUGUAUGACAAUACAUUAAUGAAGAUGUGUGUUUAUAGAGACGACCGUGUCCUGGAACAUAAAUUGGUUUUUUACAUAAUGGUGCCACUUCACCCCCAGCAUCUUCCUGAGAGCCUUUGUAAUGCACGUUUGAACCCUUUUUAGUGACGAAUCACAGGCCGUGCCCCAGCAAGUGAUUCCCCAGUUUAAAGUUGGAAGGACAAUGGCCUUAAAAAGCCGCACCUUAGCUUCAAGCGAUACGCCGCUGCCUGGACGAAGGAGCCAGUCCAUUUUGUCAAGUUUUGUUCUUGCUGAUCCACAAACUCGAUCAAUUUGUCCCUUCCAACAAAGGCGGCGGUCUAAGAUAACUCCGAGGUACGUCACCUUAAAGGCUACUCGAACGGCCAGGGCGCAGAGCAAAUGUGGCGACUAAAACAAGUCAAAUACAACUAUUUGCAGUUAAUUUCACAAAUUACAAUUUAUAAUGGAUCACAAAGAUAUCACAACUGGGCAUGAACAACUUGAAAGUGUUUGUUUACUCUUUUGGAUAGUUUUUUGAUUGAGCUUAAAUGCCAUACACGUAAAACGCAAAUUUUCGAGAUGCCUGGUUGCAAGAUAAGAAGUUCAAGCAAUGGAUUCACAAGAAGACACUCAGCCAACAAGACCAUAAUAUAUGUCAAUGCCGAGCUCUUUUCAAAAUUCGGAGACCUAUUUUGACACCGUAAUAGAAUUCCUAUGCUCGUACUCGUGGAUUUAUCGAGAAGCCAAUGUUGCUUGUAUAACCUCCAUCGAUAUUAUGCCACUUGAAUUCAAAAAAUUUUUUCUCGAAAUAUCUAAAGAAAAGCUUAAUGCAUUUCCUUUUAUACACGAAAAUAUUGACGAUUGCCCUUCAGAGCUUUUUGCCUUCAGAAAAAAAUUGUGCAUUUUGACGCCAAAACCUUAUUCGUCCAAAUCUUUUGCGAUGGUGAAAAAUCAUGGGAACCACAAAGGGCUGUCGACAAAAAAAAAACAGGAAAUCAAACAACUUGCCGCUCACGUGCACGACCAUUGUCCAGACGCGCAAGUGGUAGUGGACUUGGGAGCAGGCUUGGGUUAUCUAAGCCAAGCUCUUUACGAACUAAAACCUGAUUGCCUUAUUCUUGGCUUGGAAGCCGAUAUGGAGCGGGUGGAGCGGGCUCGUCAGCGAUGUCUUCGUUUUUUGCCAUCCGAUACCAUAAAGUCAAUUCGUUACUUGAAAAAGUUCGUUAAUUUCGAAUCCGGAUCUUAUAUAGAUGAACAGACAUCAGAACUUGCUAAAAAUAACGGCUGCACCGAACUAAAACCGAUUUCUUUAAUUGGAUUACAUGCCUGUGGCGAUUUAAGCAUAAAUGCAAUGCGUUUAUUUUUGAAAAUGCCCCGAGUUCGCUGUCUUCACAUUAUGCCCUGCUGCUACCAUAAGCUUGAAGUCGUUAGCUUUGGCGGAGACAGCGAUAAGGAAGUGCUUGCAAACUUUCCCUUGAGCGCGGCUUUAGAAAAGUCUGUUCGAAAAAGUUUAAGAAACCCAUUCUUAAAUAGACCAUUUCUUAGACUGGCUUCCCAGCGUUCUACUUCUCCUUGGUGGCGAGAUUGCACCGAGGGUGCACAUGAGGAACACGGGUACCGCAUGUACAUACGAGCGCUGGCUGAGGCUAUCCAUAACUCAACAGAAAUUGUGAAACCUAGGAAAAUUUUUUUUCCAGAGUCAAGCUACCCAAUCGACUUUAGCGAAAUAAAAAGAAGGUUUCAGUUGCUAUCAAAGGAAUCAGGUGAGUCGGUGCAGUGGCAACCGUCACACGAAAAGAUUUUUUUUGAAAUAAGCGCUAAGUACACUGACAAAGAGGGUCCUAUUUUGGCUGAAGGCUUGACAUGCUUGCAAGCAGCCAUGCAGAAACUGUGUGAAAACGUAGUGCUGUUCGACCGUUUAUGUUACUUGGAGGAAGCGGCAGAAAACAGCAAAUUGCCUAUUCAGGUCCGAUAUGAGACAUUGCUAAAUGAGAAGAUAUCGCCACGAUGCCAAGUUUUGGUUGCUGAAAAGUUGUUUUAAAGCUGGCAUAAUCUUUAGGUUCAGAAACCGUUGAAGUUCGUUGGCCCUAUAGAUAAAUUUCACUUAACGGAGACAACUUCAUUUGGAAUACUGAAAAGUUGAUAAAAAAUCACGAAAGAGUAUUUUAUUCGUAUUUAUGGCUGCAUCAAGCAAUUAAAACGUGCUGCCAGCAAAAUUAAACUAACUAAGUGAUUUGCUGAGGUCAACUUACUGAGUUUGGUAGAUCAUACAAGAAGUCGAAUAGUGAAAAAAACUUCAUCAGAAUUUGAUUCAUUCAAUUUUACGGAACGAAUAGACCCAAACAAUCUUUUGUGACAAUAAAAGAACUAUGAAAUAAAAUAUUAUGUCUUUAUCCAAUGUAAUCAAAUUGAUUGAUACUAUAUCAAAAAUACUAAAAAUAUCCAAAACGUU